CCAAAGCCGCCAAAGCUCUCAGAAGGAACGGGGAGGACAUUUUGGCGGACUCAGGAAGACAGAGAAAAGAGUGUUGAGGAAGAUCUUGAUCCUUUGAUAAUGGCGGAGGAACCCGAAAAGGAGCCGUCUUCAACCUCACAGCAAUCUUCCGGUGACACAAAACCCGAUGAUGCAGACAUUAAAUCCCAGGCUUCAGCGCCUUCUGGGUUUCAAACUUAUCCAAAUGGGGAUUUCCCGAUGUAUCCGGUUUGGUAUCCUUUUCUAGCUCCUGGAAUGAAUCCAACGCAGUACGAGGAACAGACGAACCGAGGAGCUGGCAUCUAUGCGGUCCCUGUCCUUCCUUUUACAGGACAUGUUGCUGGUCUUCCUUCUAAUAACCUUAUCCCGCUUACAUACAAUAUCCCAACCACGAGGUCAAGUAAUGAGGCUGCGACUGGGGGUGAUGAACAUGCACAAGGUGGGCAACAACAACAGGGUCAGCAGCAAGAACCUGCUCAUCAAAGACAAGUCGUUGUAAGGAGAUUCCAGAUAGCGUUCCAGCUUGAUUUAUUUCUCAUACUCAAGCUGGCUGCUGUUAUCUUUUUGUUCAACCAAGAUGGAUCAAGGCAAAGGCUAGCCGUUCUGGUGUUUUUCGCUUCAAUUAUAUACUUAUACCAAACUGGAGCACUUACUCCGUUAGUUCAAUGGCUUUCCCAAGGCAUGCAGAGGGCAGCAGCUGCACCACGGCAUCAAAGACCUGCUCUAAGAGCUGAUAAUGAUCCAGCAGCUGCAAGGCCACAGAACGAUAAUGCUGCUCCGGAAGGACAAGGUAGAGAAGAGAAUGAAGCUCAGCAUGCGGAUAACGGGAACCGAGCAAAUGAGAAUGAGAAUCCAGUUGAAGCAGAAGUGGGAAACCAAUGGUGGGGAAUCGUCAAAGAGAUUCAGAUGAUCGUCUUUGGCUUUAUAACGUCGCUUCUCCCUGGCUUCCACAACUUAGAUUAGACAGAUAGCAACCCUUUUCUUCAUACCUAUCCUUGAGAUUAAAGAAAUGAAAAAUGUCUGGUCUUAGGGUUGAUAUCUUGUUUGAAACAGAGUACAUAAGGUUUACCCUUUGGAACCAAAAUAACAUGUGUACAAUUUGUCAUAUAUCAUACAUGGUAUAUGUGAGUAGCUAUGCCAUUUUCCUUUUGGGAACUU